UAUCAUCGACUUCGAAUGCAAAAAAAGUGUGUUUAUUCCAUUUUUUGUUGUGAAACAUUUUUUCCACAAAUUACCACGAUGAAAUGCUCAAAUUGUAAUGAAAAUAUUGAUGAUGAUGAUCAAAUUGUCGAAGCAAUUAGUGCGAAUCGUAUGAAAAAAUUUUGUCAUCUACGAUGUUUUCGUUGUAAUAUUUGUCAACAAUCAUUGAUUGCUUGGGAUUUUGAGAAAGAUGGCGUCCUAUAUUGUGCGGAAGAUUAUUAUGAUAAAUUUGGCGAACGUUGUCGUCACUGUAAUCAUUUUAUGACCGGCCCGGUUAUGGUUAUGAACGGUGGUGAAUAUAAAUUUCACCCAGAAUGUUUUAAAUGUGAUUGUUGUCAAUCGAUUAUUGGUGAUGAUGAGUCAUAUUCAUAUGUUGAUUGUAGACAAUUAUUUUGCAAUAAUUGUUUUCAAAAGCAAACAUCAUUCGAUCAUCCUAUUGUCAAUAGACCGUUAACAAACGAUGAGGAUAAUGGAGAAAUUCAUUUAAAACAUGAUACUAAUAAUGUGAUUCAAAUUAUUGAUAUUCCACCAUUGUUUAAUGGUCGAAAACGUCGUAUUCGUUUGGCGUUCAAAGAUUGCCAACAACAGCACCAUCAACAACAACAAAAUGGCCAUCAUAGUCAUCAUAUAUUGCAUUAUAUUGGUCAUCAUUCUACUUUAACAAACGAAAUUCGCGAAAAAAGUGAUUCAAUGGUAGCCAUAUCUGAAAUAGAUGUUAAUUAUGAUGAUAAUCAUCUAUUUCAUAUUGCUGAUCGAAUUUUAAAAAUAAAUGACAGCUUUCUUGGUGAUAGUACGACACUUGAAGAUAUUAAAAAUCUGUUUGAUCUAUAUUGCAAUCAAAUUAUUCAACUUUAUGUUGAACAUAAUCCUAAUCAUGAUAAAAAGAUACGAAAUUCAUUGGCUGAAGAGAAAACACCAUCACCAUCAAGAUUGGAAUAUAAUUCUGUUACAGACCAGACAACAACUAACACUAACAACACGACAAACGGUGUCAUUGACUUUGAUGAUAAUAAUCAGAGCAAACGAGUUGUCAAUUUGUCAACAACAACAACAAACAAUAAUCAUCAUCAUGUCAUGUCAUUCAAUCAAAACAAUGACAAUGACAAUAAUAAAUCAACCAAUUAUAUGACAUCGGAUAGGCCAAAAAGUUUAUGUCAUCAACAUUCAAAUUUGCUAGACGGUACUGUUAAUGUUUCUGCUAUUGAUUGCAAUUCCAAUUCAAAUGAAAUUUCAAAUAAUAAAUCUAAAUUUACAUCAGGCCAUUCUAAUAGUAGAUCAUCUGAUAAACGAUAUCGUAAUCGCGAACGAUCAUCAUCAUUAUCACGCUUACUUGAAGCGAUUAGUUUGAAUUCGGAUAGUGGUAAAAAUACUAAUGGAAAUAAUACCAGUGUUGGUGGUGGUGUCAUAGGCAACGAUACAUGUGAUAAUUUGCCAACAAUUCCGAAUCCUUAUUCGAGCAAAAAUAAUCAGCAACAACAACAGCAUUCAUAUUUUACAUCAUCAUCAUCAUCAUCAUCUCGAAAUGGUUUAACAUUAGCAUCUCGAUUGAAUAAUCCAUUAUCCCGUACUAAGUCAUUUCGUGUUGAGCCAAAAAGUUAUCGUAUAUUUCGUGCAUCUGAUCUAGUCAAAGGAGCAUUACUUGGUAAAGGUUUCUAUGGUGAAGUAUUUGAAGUGACCGACAAAGUUACUAAAGAAAAGAUGGUCAUCAAAGAAUUGUAUCAUAAUGAUCGUGAAGCUGAAACAAAUUUUGUUCGUGAAGUUUCUAUCCUCAAAUCAUUGAAUCAUAAAAAUGUUCUGCAUUUCAUCGGGAUUUUAUAUCGUGGAAAAAAAUUGAAUCUCAUAACUGAAUAUAUAACCGGAGGAACAUUACGACAAUUGAUUCAGGACGAAAAGCGUUCCAUUUAUUGGCCCGAACGAAUUGGUUGGGCCCGAGAUAUUGCUUCCGGUGUUAAUUAUUUACAUUCAAUGAAUCUGAUACAUCGUGAUCUGAAUUCACAGAAUUGUCUUGUACGUGAAGAUGGUACAGUUGUUGUGGCUGAUUUUGGUCUUUCAAAAAUAACCUGUUCGAAUGAUGAUAAACAAAUCAUCAAUAAUAAUAAUGAUGAUAAUAAACAAUCAAUCAACAAUAAUAAUCAUAACAAUCAUGAAGAGUCAUUUAAUGAUAAACAAAUUCAGAAAUUAAAUCGUCGUCGUGAUCGUCGUAAACGUUAUACAAUAGUUGGCCACCCAUUUUGGAUGGCACCCGAAAUGAUGCAUCGAGAUAAAUAUGAUGAACGUGUUGAUAUCUAUUCAUUUGGAAUCAUAUUGCUCGAGAUUAUUGGUUCGGUAAAUGCCGAUCCCGAUGUUUUGAAACGAAAUCGAGACUUUAGCGUGGAUAAAAAAUAUUUUUUCGAUACUUAUGUUGAUAAAUCCUGUCCGGAAGUCUUUUGGAGAAUUGCUUUUCUUUGUACUGAAUUGAAUCCUGAUAUGAGACCAUCUUCACAGAUACUGGAACGAUGGUUUCAAUUAUUACAUAUGGCUGUUAAUACCAAUCAUCAUCAUUGUUCAAUAAUAGGAUCAUCAUCACCAGAUAAUAAUAAUGAAAUAAGAAGACUAACAUUAGAUGAAUUAGCAAAAGAAGUGGCCAACCAUAAUCAUCAUGAAACGAUGAACAAUUAUUAUCAACAACAACCACAACAAUCCGUAGUUUCGAAUAGCUCUUCGUCUUCAACAAAAAUCAGUACGAAUCUUUGAUCUGUUUUCAAAAACGAGAUCUCUUCUAAAUUGAAUAUUUAGCUUGUAAAAAAUGAAAUGUAAAAAAAUCUAUUUUUCCCACAAUUUAUAUAUUUUUUUCUAAAAAAAUUAUUCAUUUACAUUAACAAAUACAUUCAAACAGAAUAAAUAAUGAAUUUUUUUCGUGUGUGAGUGUAUUGAGUGUCAAAUAAAAAAUAUCAGU